GAGGAGGAGGAGGAAGGGGGCAAUUGCUUCCCAAGAUGGCGGCAGUAGCGGCUUUUGGUGGGGUAGGUGAUGGGGCAGCCGCCUCUUCUGGGUCGCUUCCAGGUCCAGAUCCAGGCUCGGCCAACGCCCCUGAAGAGGUAUUGCCGCCCUUGGAACCGACCGAAAUAGAGAGUCGCCUGGAAAGAAGCGCCCGACAGUUCCGUAACCGACGCAAGGUGCUCAUUCGCGGGCUGCCUGCCGAUGUCGCCAACCAGGAAAUUCAUGAUCUUUUGAGUGAUUAUGAACUUAAGUACUGUUUUGUCGACAAAUACAAAGGAACUGCUUUCGUCACCUUAUUGAAUGGGGAACAGGCAGAAUCAGCCAUUAAGAAAUUUCACUUGAGCAAGCUACGAGACAAGGAGAUUACAGUACAAUUACAACCCACAGAUGCCCUCUUAUGCAUUGCCAAUCUGCCCCACCUUUACACACAGCAGCAGUUUGAAGACCUGGUCCGACCAUUUGGGAACUUAGAGCGUUGCUUCUUGGUAUACAGUGAGAAAAGGGGACACUCGAAAGGUUAUGGUUUUGUGGAAUACAUGAAAAAGGAUUCAGCAGCCAGAGCAAAGUCUGACCUAUUGGGCAAACAGCUGGGAACACGGACACUGUAUGUUCAUUGGACAGAUGUCAACCAAUUGACUCUAGACCUUAUUCACUCAAAAUGCUUAUGUGUAGAUAAAUUGCCCCACAGUUAUAAUGAUCUUGAAGAACUGAGGCAAACCUUCUCUGCCAUUUGUCCUCCAACAUUCUGUCAGCUGGCAUGUGGUCAAGAUGGGCAGCUGAAAGGCUUUGCAGUCCUGGAAUAUGAGUCAACUGAGAUAGCAGAGAUGGUUCAGCAGGCUACCAAUGGCUUUCUACUUGCUGGGAACCAUAUCAGAGUCUCUUUCUGUGCUCCGGGCCCUCCUGGACGAAGUAUGCUAGCUGCUCUGAUAGCUGCCCAAGCAACAGCAUUUAACCGUGGGAAAGGGCUUCUACCUGAACCCAAUCUUCUUCAGAUUCUGAACAGCCUGGGGAAUCCUUCAUCUCUCCAACUCUUACUCAACCCCCUACUUCAUGGAGCCAUUGGAGGAAAGCAAGGAAUCCUUGGAGCACCACCAGCAGUAUCUCUUCUAACCAACCCAGCUCUGUUCACAGCUCAACUUCAGCUGGCACUCCAGAAUCAAACACAAGCACAGCAGAAGGCAUUUCUUGGAAACUUGCUCUUAGUCCAUAACCAGGUCUGGGCACAACUCCUGCAGAACAAGGAAAACCAGGCCAUAUUCCAUAAACCUGGAAUCUUGGGAGAGUCUCCUCAUGGUUCCUUGCAGCACAAUCCUAUGGGGAUGUCAAACCCUCCAGCUUCUCAGGCCGGAAAUCAGUUGUUCAGUGAGAUGUCCUCAGGUGGUUCUUUGCCAGCUGAUGUUUCCCCAGGACCUGUGAAAUCUACUGUCUUGCCAUCUUUCCUGGGACCAUUGGCAGCGGAGAGGGAGAAUGCUGCAAUGGGAACUCAGACAUCCCAGCUGACUUCACCUGGCCUACAGGGUCUCACUACCUCCAUUUUGGGAUCUAUGAUCAGUGGGGUUCAGAAACCCUCUGAUAACAGAUCAGACAAUGUUCCUCAUUUAGCUAAUGUUUCUCUCCUAGGAGAGCCUCCGAAAGACUUCAAGAUUCCUCUCAAUCCAUAUCUAAAUCUGCACAGCCUUCUCCCAAGAAGUAAAGUUGGAGGUGGAAAUAAUAAAACAUUCAGCCCGAAGACUGGUGUACUUGGCAAUGCUUCCAAUCCCAGAAUGCAGCAGGCAUCCAUGUCUGAUCUUCUCCUGUCCUCAUCUAGUCAAUCAGAAGAUAAUUCUGCAUUUGACUAUCAGCCUGACUUGGUAUCACGAAUAUAUCCCCAGGCCAGAGAGACAGCAUCCCAGCUAAGUGCAUUUGCACAUAAGAAGCAAAAGGUCUCAUCUCCUGGGUUUGAGCAAAACCAUCUAGGAGCUCCAUUGCCCCCAUUCUAUGCAGGGUCGCCAACCUCAUAUUUCACAAGUGGCCUUCAAGCUGGACUCAGACAAAGCAAUCUGAACAAAGCUAUUGGGAUGCCACCAAUGGGCACAGGAGAGAAUAGCCUUGGAUUAGGACCAACUAGCCCUUCCCACAGUAGCUACUCAAAGACUCCCAUUGGAGGCCAGAAGCGAGCCUUUUCUCACCUGCUACCCUCUCCAGAGCCUAGUCCAGAAGGCAGCUAUGUUGGCCAGCAUUCUCAGGGCCUGGGAGGGCACUAUGCAGACUCCUAUUUAAAGCGAAAGAGGAUAUUUUAAUCCAUUUCUUAGUGAAGCACACUUCUUAUCCUCCCUAGCCCCAGUGUGUACAUUGUUUGUGAAAAUAUUUUUACUGUUUUAUUUUAGUGUUUUUUUUUAAAUGCUUGUGUGUUAAAAAAAACAUACCUUUAUGCUUCUAAGACCAGCUACAGUCUGUGAAGAUGAGCCUUGGAUGUUUGCUCCCAAAGAGCACUACAUUUUCCCAGGUGAAGCUAUAUGAACAAUCAUGUGAAGCUUUGCCAACUCUAUUCAGCUGGACCAAAAUCAAAUUGGGUUUUUUCCACAUUGCUUCUUCCUCUACAAUUCAGAUUAGGGUCUUCUUCUUGAAAGAGCCAUGCCUUCUAAAGAGAUACAAGUUCCUCCCUUUAGACUCCUAACAAAGGCAUGUGUCCUCUAGAUGCUUCACAAUACAGCGGAGUGAAUUGUGAUGAAGGUGGUGGUGAUGCUUUUUGUCCAGUGGGAAACAGAGUUCCAAAUAACUGUAGACUAUCACAUUCAUACCCCUGGAGUAUUCAGGUUGAACUGAGUCUUUUAUUUUCUCUACAAGCUUUUUUUCAUUGGUUUCUUUUUAAAGAAUACGUCUAUUUUGCUUUUGUAAAUAUUUGUAAAUUCCCUUUUUUUAAAAAAAAAAUCUGGGCUUUUAGUUGCUUCUUUUUAAUAUUAGCUUAGAAACAUUGGAUCUUGGAGUUACAUCCAAGUCAUCUUGAAUAAUGCUUUUUUUUUUUAAGUUACUGUCCUCUUAGGUGUAGUAGUUUUUAGUCUAGACCAAUUUCUUUAUGAGGUACAAAUGAUUUUCUUCAGUGUGUUUUUUCUGUUUUGACUAUUAUCUUAAUGCUAAUCCUGUGAUCUGAUAUAUUUUAAACCAAACUUUUGUGGCUGGGACAAUCUUUGGGCAUUUCUUUCUAGAGUGACUUGUUUUCUUACAAUGACACUCCUUAGUGACACAUCUGAAUUUUUGAUAGAAUCCAGCUUUUUAUAUGGUGCCUGCAGAUGGGCAGAACUGCCCAACUACUGAAUUGGUAGUUGGAAUCUUUAUGCUAUGUUAAGGGAGGAUAGAUAGAAAGCACAACCUCCUCCAACCAGAGUGGUUUGGGCAAGAUCCAGGUUUAAACUGUUAACAAAGAAGAGCUUAAUCAGUUCCUUAAGCUAGUUUAGAUUCAGGAUAGACAAUAUUGUCCAUUCUCAGAGGAGACCUAUAUAGGGUUCAUUUUGAGAGAGUGGGAGUCUGUGGCCUUCUCCCCAAGGGAUUUAGAGUUCUGCUUUGAUAUAAUGAACUAUUUCUGUUUCAUAAACAUGCUACAAUAUUUCUACUAUAGAUGCUGGUUUACUGUAUUUGUCGCUGGAUUUGAAAUCCAUCAUCAGCGGGAUACCAACUUUCUAAAGUAAAGCUAUAUUUAUAUCAAACUUCA